AUGGAAUCUUUAGAUAACUAUAUAGAGGAGGAGGAGGAUGAGGAGUCCUUAAUGAAUCUUAAUCCGGAAUCUCCUUUAGAUUUAAAUCUAUUUGCCAAUCCAAUUAAACUCGGUAAAAAGAAACAAAUAUUUGAAUAUCAAAAAAUGUCAACUUCUUUACAACAAUCAAAUUAUUAUUUUUUGGUUACGCCAAAUUAUUUUUGGAGUAAAGUUCCAAAUCAACAUAUGUGUGUCAAUUUAUUCAAUGUAAAUGAAGUGAAUAGAGUGUACAAAAAACAUUCACCAUUUCAAUUGAAUUUUAAAGUUUCGAAAUGGCAACCACACUCCAAAUCCCCGUCAGUGAUAGACGAAGCUACAGUUGUUAGCAAGCUUCAGAAUGUAUUUUCAAAGGGCCCUACUACAUUGGAAGAUGGUGAAGCCCUCAUGGAAGAACUCAUCUUUGACAAUGCCGGUACCUACACAAUUAAAUGCUACGGUGUUAUUUUGGAUCAAGACAUUCACACCGAUUUUAGUUUUAAGUUUACUAUUAAUGCAAUUGGUGAGAGAUCACCUUCUAAAACAUCUAAAGAUAAUUCUAAAUCAAAAAAAAAAAAAGAUGUUUAUAUAGAGGAAAAGUUUACUACAGAUUUUAAUCACGAAAGAAAAGUCAAAAUGGAAGUUGAUAUGGCAAGAGUUCAGGAAAAAGCUGAAUGGGAUAAAUAUGAUCAACUUUCUGUUCAGUAUACUAGUGAAUUUAGAAAAAUACCAUUUCUCUAUUCAAAGCUCUUGAUUAGUCAAGGAAUUGGAUCAACUUAUCUUGGAAACUAUGGAGAAUCACAUAGACUAUUUGAUAAAGCAUUAGAAAAAGAUUCUUCUCUUGAAAACCUAUUCGAAGCUAGUACUAUGAGAUCUGUUUCUCAUAGAAUACAAAAGAAUUUCAAAGCUUCAGAAUUACUAUUGACUUUUGCAACUAGUUUAUAUCUUGAUCUGAAAGAUAAAUAUCCAAAAAAGAUAUGUCAAUUCACCAAUCUACUUAUGGGUCAAUAUUAUUUCAACUAUGCAGCACAUCAUUCUGAUCUAUUCCAAAUGAAUUUUAAAAACAAUUUGAAAAAGGAGGAGGAAGUAAAAGAUUUGUUUAAAAAAUCAAUGGAUUAUUACAAUAGAGAUUGUGAAAAUAGUAAAGCAAAUGGAUCUGAGGUGAAUGCCAGAAGUAUAAAUGGAUACUAUAGAAGCAAUAUUCGAAUUGUUCAAACUAUUAUUGGAUCAAAUAAUACAAAAGAACAAGAUUUGAAUAAUGCUUAUUUACAAUUUCUAAAAGCUUGUAAAAUUUUAAAAUUAAUAGUUUCAAUAAUUAGAAUUCUUAAAAAGAAUUUUCUAUAUGAUCUGAACGCCACUAGAACUCAAAUUCAUUUCCAUUUUACAUUGGCAGAUCUACAUAGAAAGAAAUUCCAAAUUACCAACAAUCAAUCUUAUGAUUUCAAAAGGGAUUGUCUUUCUGACUUUCUCAAGUCAAUUAAACAAUCAUAUGAUAGUGCUUAUCGUAAUGGAUUUAGAAAUGAAAUGCGUUAUAAUACCGAUCGUUUCUAUGAUUUGGAUAACCAGGCCAACAAUAGUAAAAACCCAGAUUUAGAUUUGAAGACAUUACUUGGAACAUUGACUGGAUAUGGCGAGUUGGUAGAAGACAUGAAGAGUCUUUCCUUUAGCCAAUCCAAGAGUGUUAGAAUUAGAGAAAUUGAUGAAAAUGGGAAUGAAAUUGUAAAAAAACAAAAAAUUAAUCAUAGCCAAACUCAGGCCAUAGCAACCAAAGUGCAUCAUGUAUCACCGUUAUACUAUCUUCUUUCAUUAUCUGUAAACUCCAGCUUUAUCAGAGAUCAACUAGAUCAGCUACCAUCAACGAAAUUUAUGUCACUAGAACAACGCCAACAAUCUUUAACUCUUAAAGCUCAACUUGAAUAUUUAAAUUCUUUAGAGCUAAAGACUAAAACAGAUUUUCCUUUAUAUAAUCAACAAUAA